GACCACUUGCCUGCAGCUUGGUCCAGUAGACUGCUGGUGACUUUGAACUCAGUUGAUUUGUUCCAUUCAAACCAAUUUUAUUCAGAAUUGUUAAGCAAAAGCAGAGUCUUAUCAUUAUAUUAAUUUGACCUGGAUUUCAUCAGAGGUUACAGAAUUGUAUGCAUAUUGUUCCAUCUAGUUAUCUUCUUCAUCUGGCUUCUAUUCUUUUGGCAUUGGAAGCUGGUUUACACAUUCACAGAGUGUAGCUGUUGCCUGAGCCCUCGGCUACCACCUCACUUGUACUUUGCCUGUUGGGAAGCAGACAGUGGGUGCCCAAGAAAAUGCAACCAUCUAAAAGGUAUACAGCAGCAUCUCUUAUGAUGGCUUCCUUGCUGCAUCAUGAAAGUCGGGCUGGUGGCAGCAUCAACAGCAGUAACAAAAAUAUCAGGAAGAAAUUUGGUGCAACUGCUCCACCAUUUAUUGAUUAUCUGAAAGAGAUACUACGUCGAUACCCUGAUGGAGGCCAGAUUCUUAAGGAAUUACUUCAAAAUGCAGAUGAUGCAGAAGCCAAUGAGGUGGUGUUUAUAUUUGACGAAAGAACUUAUGGGUCCACAUCUUUGUUUAUGAAGGAUCUUAAAAAGUUUCAAGGUCCAGCUCUCAUUGUGUAUAAUGAUUCAGUGUUCUCAGAAGAGGAUUGGCAUUGCAUUCAAACCACAGGAAUCAGUAAUAAACGUAAUGAUCCCAGCAAAGUUGGCCAAUUUGGCCUUGGAUUCAAUACUAUUUAUCAUAUCACAGAUGUACCAAGCAUAUUCAGUGGAAAAUAUAUUGGCAUACUUGACCCACAAGAAAAACUGUUUGGAGAAGAGGAAGCAGGAUAUAUAUGGUCCCUUGACGACCCAGAGGACAGAAAGGUUCUCGAACUCUCCAGAGAUCAGUUCAGACCAUUCAAAUAUGCCAUGGAAGCGAUUGGGACAACAACAUGGACUAAUGCAUUGAAAGAGAAUUAUUUCAAAGGAACAUUGUUUAGGUUUCCUUUGAGAACUGAACCUUCAGAGAUAUUAGCUAGCUUGUAUGAUAGAGAUAAAAUCUUUGAUCUCUUUGACUCCUUCAGAGCAGAUGAAGAUAUGAAUCUCUUGUUUCUAAGAAAUGUUGCAUCUGUCUCAAUUAAGCAUAUUGACACCAGUGGAAAUGUGAAGGUCCUUUCAAAAAUAGCAGCUUUGCAGCCUGAACACUUUACCAAUUUUAAUCGGAACCUCAAUGUUCAAAGCCAAGAACAGGUCUCCAAGGUUAAAACUUCUACCUGUAUCAGAGCUAUUUCUCAAUACUUUGUAAAUGAAAAGCAUCACAAUCACUGGUUAAUAACAAAUUGCACAGGCAUUGCAGGUGAAUGGGGUAAAUUAGAUGAUUUGGCUGAGAAGUUGAGCUAUACACCUUGUGUUGGACUGGCUUUUCCAUUGAAUAAAGUAGAAACGUCAGAAACUAGCACAAGAACAGACUUUGAAGGGCGUCUUCAUUUCUUUCUACCACUUCCAAAUAACGAGGCCAAUAAGACAGGAUUGCCAGUCCAUAUAAAUGCCUUCUUUGGACUUUCAGACAACCGGAGACAUAUCAAAUGGAUCGAAUCAGACCAAAGAUAUGAUGAGGCAGCCCAGUGGAAUGAACUCCUGAUAGAGAAGAUUCUUCCUUAUGCAUAUUGCCAACUCAUUCUGGAUGCUAUUACUCUGGCUAAAACCUCAGUGCUAAAACCUUUAUCAGUGUAUCAAAUCUGGCCAGACCUUGAGAAAAUGAAUCAUAAGGAGCGUUGGGUUAAGGUAUCUAAAGAAACCAUUAAAUGUUUGAUGAAACAUAGUACUCUGUGCUUGGCUGCCAACGAAGAUAACUGGAUAACUGCUGGCAAAGCUAUCUUCUUACUGUGCUAUGAUCAGCUUGAUAUGAAGCAGGCAAUUGAGAAUGUUUUGAUAAAAGAGGCUCAACCUUUGGUUAGAGUCCCAGUUCAUGUAUUUAAGGCCUUGGAAUUUGCUUUAGAAAAUCAAAGUGACUUAAAUGUAAUCACUCCAGCAUCCCUUCGAAACAUUCUUCAACGUUGUGAUUUGUAUACUUUCCCAUAUGAACAAAAAUUACUACUUCUAGAGUAUGUUUUAAGUGAUGAGCAAUACAGUUCCCUCAACAACCUUCCACUGCUGCCACUCACCAAUGGAUCCUUCGUAAAGUUCCAAAUCAGUUCAUGUGAUGAGCCUGUAUUUACCGACUCAACAAAAUUUCCAAGGAUUUUACUUCCAGGACUUGAGGAGAAAUUUUUGCCAGAAGAUCUUAGUGAUACAUUGCUGGACCAUCUAAAGAAGAUUGCUUACAGUCGUAAGAUAUUUGCUUCUGCUUGAGCUUUGAUCAGUAAACUUAUGGACAAGUAAUCUUUGACAGCAUAAUGAUAGCUUAGAUUUUUGUAUUUUGGGUUGAAAACAAAAGGAGAGAAAUCUGAGCUAUUGGGAUGACAUUGGUCUCCAAUGAUAGCAUCAUAUUGGCAAUAGUUAAUCAUCAGCCUGUUUAUGGCCCAAGUAUAAGAUGGACGGUUGAACUGCUAUUAUAAGGAGAAGCAGCAGUUCAGUUUACAUUCGUACCAAAAAUCAAAUUCAGCCUUUGAGAGUCCUUGAAGAUGCAUUUUAACUUUUUUUGUUUGAUAUAUAAUUGUUAUUGAUGCAUUUUAAUUUUUUUUUGUUUGAUAUAUAAUUGUUAUUGCAAAUCAUGUCUUUAUUGUUUUAGAGUCAAAGGUCUACUUUUUUAAACUAUUUGCCAUAUCUAUUGAAAUAUCCAUGUUUAAAACAAUGUCAUGAAUAAGCCAAAAUGCAUUAAAACCACUUUAAACUUUCAAUAUAUAACUACCUUUUUAAUACUAGUUCUUGGCAUCAUUUUUGCAUGUAAUCAUUUAAUGUGGUUCAGAAUUUACAAUGCAGCAAAAUGUGUGUUUUGAUUGCUUUACCCCAAAAUGAGGCACGUGGUCUGGUGGUAUAAUGAGAGCAGGUAAGCCUUUAUAAUAUAA